CGUUCACGCUCUUUGGACUAUGGCCUCGGAUCGCGGGGUCCCAGGGGCCGGCGUCUUUGGAGAUUUACCCCCGAGUUACACACGCUCCCAGCCGCCUGCGAACCCAGACUUACUCCGGAGACCCAGCUACUGCCACGCUGCUUUCGCACUCAAACAGAUCUCAAAGGGGAAGGCAGUAGGUCAGAAAGCUCCUCUUUGGAUCCGGGCGAGGUUCCAGGCCUUCCUAUUCUCUCUGGGCUGCUACAUCCAGAGGCACUGUGGGAAGGUCCUCUUUAUUGGACUCUUAGUUUUCGGGGCUCUGUCUGUGGGACUCCGAGUCGCAGCCAUCGAAACCAACAUUGAACAGCUAUGGGUGGAAGCUGGCAGUCGUGUGAGCACAGAGCUUCGCUACACAAGGGAAAAGCAGGGAGAGGAGUCUGUAUUUACCUCACAGAUGCUUAUCCAGACCCCCAAAGAAGAGGGCACAAACAUUCUCACCCAGGAAGCUUUGCUGGUUCACAUGGAAGCCGCGCUGUCCGCCAGCAAAGUGCAGGUGUCAUUGUUUGGAAAAUCAUGGGAUCUUAAUAAAAUAUGCUAUAAAUCUGGAGUCCCCAUUAUAGAGAACGUCAUGAUCGAAAGGAUGAUUGACAAGCUGUUCCCCUGUAUGAUAAUCACCCCAUUGGACUGCUUUUGGGAAGGGGCCAAGCUACAGGGAGGCUCUGCCUAUUUACCGGGUAUGCAAGAUAUCCAGUGGAUGAAUCUAGAUCCAGUCAAGCUGAUGGAGGAGCUGAGCCAGUUCACCUCACUGGAAGGGUUCAAGGAGAUGCUGGACAAAGCCCAGGUGGGACAUGCCUACAUGAACAGACCAUGUCUAGACCCCUUAGAUCCGGACUGCCCCCUCAGUGCACCUAACAAGGAGCUAGGAGAGAGUCCUGACAUUGCUGGGCGUCUCCAGGGUGGUUGCCAUGGUUUUAGCCGGAAGUUCAUGCACUGGCAAGAGGAGCUCAUUUUGGGAGGGCGGGUCAAGAACAGCCAGGAUGCUCUGCUGAGUGCGGAGGCUCUCCAGACCAUGUUCCUGCUGAUGAGUCCUAAGCAGCUAUAUGAGCACUUUAAGGACGACUACGAAAUCCACGACAUUAACUGGAAUGAGGAUAAAGCCACCGCCAUCCUUGAGUCCUGGCAGAGAAAGUUUGUCGAGGUGGUUCACCAGAGCAUUCCAGCAAACUCCAGUCAGUCCAUCCACGCUUUCUCCACCACAACCCUCAAUGACAUCAUGAAAUCCUUCUCUGAUGUCAGCGUCAUCAGGGUGGCUGGAGGAUACCUGCUCAUGCUGGCCUAUGCCUGUGUGACCAUGCUGAGAUGGGACUGCGCCAAAUCCCAGGGGGCCGUGGGGUUGGCUGGGGUGCUGUUGGUGGCUCUGUCAGUGGCAGCUGGACUGGGUCUCUGCUCCCUGCUUGGCCUCUCCUUCAAUGCCGCUACAACACAGGUGCUUCCCUUCCUGGCACUGGGGAUCGGUGUGGAUGAUAUGUUUUUGUUGGCUCACUCCUUCACAGAAACUGAAAGCAACAUACCCUUCAAGGAGCGGACAGGAGACUGUCUGCGUCGCACCGGCACCAGUGUGGCUCUGACUUCCAUCAACAACAUGAUUGCAUUUUUCAUGGCUGCUCUAGUACCCAUCCCUGCGCUCCGAGCUUUCUCAUUGCAGGCGGCCAUUGUGGUUGUGUUUAACUUUGCCAUGGUGCUGCUCAUCUUCCCCGCCAUCCUCAGUUUGGACCUCCACCGUCGCGAGGACAAGCGUUUGGACAUCCUCUGCUGUCUCUACAGCCCGUGCUCCGAUCGCGUCAUCCAUCUCUCCCCUCAAGAGUUAUCGGACGCCGGAGAACAGCCUCACACGCCAACAACGGCGCACACGCACCAGUACACCGCAGGCUCGACCAUCACCACCAGCACCCAAAUCACUACGACGGUGCAGGCGUUCACGCAGUGCGACGCGGCAGGCCAGCAUAUUGUAACAAUUCUGCCGCCUACCUCACAGAUUUCCACCAGCCCUCCUUCCAUCAUCCUCUGCCCUCCCUCCCAGCCUCAAGCCGCCUCUCCUUCCCCCACCACCACCUCUGUGCCAGACCCCUAUGGCUCCCAGCUCUUCACCCCUACCUCCAGCUCCACACGAGACCUCUUAGCCCAGGUGGAGGACUCCAGAUCAGGGAAAAAGUGUGUACCGCUCCCUUUCCUGCACUGGAACCUGUCCAAUUUUGCCAGGGAGAAAUAUGCCCCUCUGCUCCUUAAGCCUAAGAGCAAAGCAGCCGUGGUUGUUCUCUUCCUGUGCCUCCUGGGCCUCAGCCUGUACGGUACCACCAUGGUGCAUGAUGGCCUUUACCUGACCGAUAUCGUGCCACGUGACACCAAGGAAUACGACUUCAUCGACGCCCAGUUCAAGUAUUUCUCCUUCUAUAACAUGUACCUGGUUACUAUGGACGGAUUCGAUUAUGCCCGAUCUCAAAGGCUGUUGAUUCAGCUGCACAACGCCUUCAACUCAGUUCGAUAUGUGGUCAGAGACAGCGACAACAAACUGCCCCGCAUGUGGCUGCACUAUUUCCAGGAUUGGCUCAGAGGUCUUCAGGCGGCUUUUGAUGCUGACUGGCAGGCAGGCAGAAUUACCGCUGACAGCUAUCGUAACGGCACAGAAGACGGGGCUCUGGCAUACAAGCUCCUGAUCCAGACUGGUUCCAAGAAAGAGCCUUUUAACUACAGCCAGCUGACCUCUCGUCGGCUGGUGGAUGUCGAGGGUUUGAUUCCCCCGGAGGUUUUUUACAUUUACCUGACAGUCUGGGUCAGUAAUGAUCCCCUGGGCUACGCUGCAUCUCAGGCCAACUUCUACCCUCACCCCAGAGAAUGGAUUCAUGACAAGUAUGACACUACAGGGGAAAAUCUGCGCAUCCCAGCUGCAGAGCCCCUGGAGUUUGCUCAGUUCCCCUUCUACCUGAACGGCCUUCGUCAGGCCAGCGACUUUGUGGAAGCCAUCGAGAGUGUGCGCACCAUUUGCGAUGAGUUUGGCCGCAAGGGUGUGUUCAAUUACCCCAACGGAUACCCCUUCCUGUUCUGGGAGCAGUACAUUGGCCUCCGACACUGGUUCUUGCUGUCGAUCAGUGUGGUGUUGGCCUGCACCUUCCUGGUCUGUGCGAUCCUCCUGCUCAACCCCUGGACUGCAGGCAUCAUUGUGUUUAUCUUGGCCAUGAUGACUGUGGAGUUGUUUGGCAUCAUGGGUCUCAUUGGCAUCAAGCUGAGUGCCAUUCCUGUGGUCAUCCUGAUCGCUUCCGUGGGCAUCGGAGUGGAGUUCACUGUUCACAUCGCUCUGUUCACGCCCAAGCUAACAUCUCAUGUCUCUCCAUCCUUCAGGUAUUUCUUCGCUGUGCUAGCCAUCCUGACUGUUUUGGGGAUGCUUAAUGGCUUGGUUCUCCUCCCAGUCCUCCUCUCUAUGAUGGGUCCUCCGGCUGAGGUCACCCCGGUUGACAAUGCCAGCUGCCUGCCGUCACCUUCUCCAGAGCCUCCGCUGCCUCCACCAAUGACCCAUCAUGGGUACUACACAGGCCACCCCAACCAACGCUCUCGUCAACAGGCGUUUUCUGAGUCAUCAGACUCUGAGUAUUACUCUGAGUUGACCACUACAUCAGGGAUUGGGGAGGAGGAUUAUAAGUACUGUGAACGGAGUGCAUACUUAGCAUCGCACACCAACGUUCCACCAGCAACAUCUCAUAUACUGCUGGAAGCGAGCAAAGACCCGAGCUUCCCUAAACUUACGGUGGUGAAGCCAUUUAGAGAAAAUGCAACAGCUCCUGGUGGGAGGAUUGAACCAUUAAGUGAAUCUUCCUACAUUGCACAGUCUCCUCUUGGAUCCCAGGUUACAUGCUGGGAUGAAAACAAGCGGGAGCAGCAGAGGGGCUCCCAGAGACUCCAGGCUCAGCCUGGCCAACACUUACCCGGCGACAGAGCCCACUUUCCUGGGAGGACUUUUCAGAGCGGCCCCAGGUUCCAGAACGUUAGAGGGCCUCAGCCAAACAGGACUAAAGGGCUGAGCUAUAGCCAUAGCAACUCUACCCUGCCAACACAACAAGGCUCCGCUGGGGGACCUGUUACUAUGGUUACAGCCACGGCCUCUGUGACAGUGGCUGUCCACCCGACCUUGCCAGGAGCAGCAUACCAAGGGUACAUGCAUGAAGGUUUUGACACGGACAGCGAGUCGGACUGUUUUGAGGCUGCUAAGAGGACAUGUGGUGACAAAACAAACUUUUCUUCAUGUAAAAGAGACUCUCUAGAGCUCCAGGACUUGGAAGCAACACAGGGCCAGAUAGAAUAUCAGCUUGACAAGACACAAGGUGAGCUGAGGAUCCAGGCACCCAAAGACUGCUAGACCCUCUCACACGCCUCGCCCUCUCUCUUCGAGUCUCUGGGUUACUCCCCAGAGCGUCCACAUGGCAUCACGUCACGCAUUGACAGCUGUACAUAGACUCUAAAGAAUAAAUGAGAGGUUUUACUUCAAGGACGUGUUAAGACGAAAAAAAUAUUUCUUUUAAGAAUUAUAUAAAUUUAUGAGUAUAUAUUUUAAUACUAAACAAGAGGGAAGCUAUUUAAAAGAGUACUGUAUAACUUGGGUAUUCUCUUGUGUAAAAGUUCAGAUGUAAAAGAUUAUCUUCAAGUGGGGUGGUUGAUUUUUUUGUUUCUUUUUUGUGUUUUGUUUUGUUUUUUUGGGUUGCCCCCCUGCACUGUAUAGAAUAAGAAAUGUGCUAUAUGUUUUCACAAAGCUGAGAUGUUAUUAAGAUUAUAGGCUAUUGAACAUACAUGGUCAGUGUUUUAUUUCUAUUUGUAUUAUGUUCCUUUUUUUGCUGCUACACUUCAAAAUAAUUUUAAGCAAUUUGCCUUAAAAGAAAAAUGCAGUACCCCUCCCUCCCCCUUCUCCUGUUAGCAUCUAUCACAGUGUUGCGCUGUGAGGUAUUCUGCAUCUGACAGACUCUCUGCCGUAGUGUGCACUGUAAAAACUUACACAGCAGAUGGUGUUUUCUUAACAGUAGUAACCGCCGUGCCUUCACUACAUCACCCUUCCCCUGUUAUCACAGCAUUCAGAGCUCAGUAUUAUGUUGUAAUUGUAUAAAUAUGUCUUUAUCGCUUUCUCUUGUCGAGACACAGAAUGUGUACCACGAUUGGCAGUGAUUGGCUGACGCUUGUCACCAUCUAUCUGAAAAUGGUCGAAUCUGAUCAAUCAGACAUCAUGACACGCUUAAUUCAUGUUGCCUGUGCCCCAACAGCCUCUGCAGUUUUAAAUUACUUGAAGGAGCUUUGAUGUCUUUUUUUUCCUGCAGUUUUUGUAAGCUCUACAGUGGGUGAUGUUUACUUUUGUCACUUUAACAAAAGUGUCGUUCACCUUCUCGUAUUAGUUUUGAAAGGGAAUCUUAAAAUUCACAAAUGCAAAGGGAGUUAUUUUAGUUUAUUAUUUUCUUCUCUUUCUUUUCUUUGCUGGCUGCUUUAGGGUUAUUAGGGUCUCUUGUUAUCGUGACCCUGUGCAAUUAUUACACGAUGUAAACCGGUUUCAAUCUAGUUAGCGCUUCGACACGCUCUGACUCACUUUUUUUUCCCUAAUGACUCACUCUGUCUGUUAAUGCAAACCUCAUAUAUGUGUCAUGUUACAUUUCUUUCAUUUCAUUUGCUUUACAGAGUUUCAGUUGUUAUUAUUCUUGUUCAGUAUUGGUCUAAUCACUGCCAGGUUAAAUAAUUGCAGGGAGAAACUUGCAGAUCUAUUUGUGUGUGUGUCUAUGUGUGUGUGUGUGUCAUUUUCCAAGUGGCAGCUUUGGUUUUUUUGUUUUGUUUUUUUAUUUUGGAAAUAUGAAAAAACAGUCAAGUAGCUACUGCAGCUGAACAAAAACACCUUUCACAGUUUGAUCACACCAUAGACAGCCAGGAGGUGUUGUCAGUAUCUGUGUGUGUGCGUGUGUGUGUGUGAAUGUGCGGGUGCGUGUGUGCGAGCUUGUGGGAAGGGGGUGGGCGAGGGAGUCCUGCAUUGAUUUGUAGUUUAUUUCAGAAAAAAAUGUUAAUGUCAUGCCAUAUAAAUUAUUUAUAUUAAAUUUUUAUUUUUGUAGUUUGUACAGUUGUUAGUAUCU